AUGUCAUUUGGAAAAGAGUUGGUUGAAAGAGUCAUAACUCUUCAGUUUUAUCGUAUAUGUAUUUAUAUCAAACACUCUGACACAGUCUUCGAAAGUUCGCGAUUUUCUUUACAGGCCCUAUUUACAGUAAAUAAAUAUAUUCAUCAUGGGGAAGACCCUAACCUAUUACAAGAUGAGGAAUCUGGCAACGGAUGGCUUCAUUAUGCAGCUAAAUACAACUUUAAACAUGUUGCUACAAAAUUGUUUGACCAUAACAUUGACAGUCUUGCUAGGAACAAAGACGAGAAAACUGCUUUAGAAGUUGCAAUAGACAAGAAAUUUGACAAAAUGAGUGCUUUAAUUGCUAGAAGAAUGACACAAUCCGAUCUACAAAGUUUAUUUGCUGGAGUUUGCAGUAACAUUGGCAGUGCAGUGGAGAGUGAUAGGAUUUCGGUUGGGUCGUCUAUGGACUCCAAUAACAUUGGCAGUGAAGUGGAGAGUGAUAGGAAUUCGGUUGUGUUGCUUAUGGACUCUAU